UAAGUGUAACUGACAACAAACUGAAUAAUGUACAAUUUGCGUAUACUGCGUCAACUGCGCCACAGUGUGAUCACAAAGAGCGUUGGGACAGCACUGACACAAUCACCGCCAUACCGUCUGCUGGCCAGUCAUCACAAGCGAAGGCCCCAACUGGGUGCAGUGCCUUCGGAUCAGCUGGAUCAGCUGAAGACUGACUAUUUUGAACGGCACAGCGAGCUGAGCAACGACGAUUGGCAUCGGGUGCGAAGCACACUGACCGACAGCUACAAAUACAUCAAUGGCAGCAACGUGGACGCCGUCGUACUGGGCAUGUGCAGCAGUGCGGAGAAGCUGCCGCUGGCCAAAAGCUAUCUGAGCUAUCUGCAGGCGCAGGGCAUUAAGCCCAAUGCAGCGACAUUGGGUCGUCUGCUGCGCGUUUAUAACGCCGCCUACCAAGCACGCACGCUCAGCGACGAGGAGCAGGCGGAAAUUGUGCACAUCUGUGAUACGCUGCAGGGCGCCCACGAGAUUUUGGAUGCCAGCAGCUGUGAGCAUUUGAUACACGGCCUGGUGGCAACAGAGCAGCACUGGCAGCGCGCUGUGCCACUGCUGGAGAUGAUGAAGGUGACCAGUGCACCCAGCGUAGCAGCCUACAGUACGCUGGCAGCCAAGACAUUUUCCGCGGAACAGCCGGAGCUGGCCUGGCGCCUGCUCGAGGAGAUGCUGCAGGCGCGCAAGCUGCCCAAGUGUGAGGUGUAUCUGGCGCACUUGGCGCAAAGUGCACAGCAGGUGCAGACGCUAGGUGCACAGCUGGAGCGACUGCUGCGCUUUCUGGAACGUCACGACAUUGUCAUCAGCGAUUUGGUCGCGCAGCAGCUGUUGGCGCUGUCGCAGCGGCUGCCGCAGCAAGUGCAGGCGACAACCACACGACUGGAUCGCAAGGGCAAAUGUGGCGCCUGCCAGCAGCACUUGCAGCAUGUGGCCAUCAACGAUGCACAGUUCGCCGAGCUGCGCGAAUCCUUUCUGGCCAAGGUGCUCAUACGCAACGACGUGUUCCAAAAGUCUACGCCGCAGGAGGUGGCACGCUUCAAGCAGUAUGUGGAGCAAACUGCGCCCUACGAUUGCGUCAUCGAUGGCCUCAAUGUGGCCUACUCCACGGGUAACAAGAAGCCGCCCCAGCAGCUGGCCAAACUGCUGGCCACCGUGGUGCGUUACUUCAAGGAGCGACGCAAGCGCGUGCUCGUCCUGGGUCGCCAGCACAUGCGCAACUGGUCCAGGCCAGCCAUGCAGUAUAUACAAAACAAUGCCAGUGUUUUCCUCACCAACAAUCUUACCCACGAUGAUCCGUUUCUGCUGUACGCAACGCUGCACAGCGGCCAGGAUACGGACUUCUUCUCGCGGGAUCUGAUGCGCAGUCAUGCCUUUCUGCUGGGCAGCGAACUGAAGGCCGUAUUCCGGCGAUGGCAGCAGGAGCAUCAAUACUCUCUGGUCACACAAACCCAGACGGGCCAGAUAAUUGUCAAGGAGCCGAUUAGGUAUCGUUUGAGCGCCCACAAAGUGGGCAACGUUUGGCAUGUGCCCUGCUGUGAGGCGUAUUCGGCAAAUCCGUCGGAAAGCUUUGAGGUGCCAGAAAAGUGGCUGUGCCUGAGCAUUGCCCCAAAUGUAGUAUAAUAUAAACAUGUAU